AUGUGGACGGAUUGGGAGGAUCUGUGGGCCUUCGCUAUUGUCACACCUCUCCUCUUCCUCGCCCUCAUACUCCUAGUCCCUCGGGCCUUGACGUAUCUCAUCUCCCCUCCCUCUUCCCACUCUCCUCACUGCUCUCAUUCCUUUUAUUCCUCUCACCCCACUCAUCCAUCCUCCCCUCACUCUCCUACCACCACCCCAGCCGCUGUACCACAACCCUCCCCUCCCUCUUCACGCUUUUCCUCCUCUCCCUCUCCCCACUCAUCCCAACCCCCCUCACCAUCCCUUGUACAAACCAUCACCUCCUCUCUUCUCACUCUCAUCAAAUCCCUCCCCUCCCCUCUCCUCGCCCUCCUACGUCUCUUACUACACAUCUACCUCGCUGCUUCUCACUCCUCUGCCUGCUCCCUCUCCCUGCUCCUCCUCCUCUACCUCUGCCUCUUUCCCUGGCAGGGGGAGCAGGAGGCAGCAGUGGGGCAUGGGGUGUGUGUGGCCCAUCAGAGCAUGGCAGGUGGUGGCUGUGCUUGCACUCGUGGUUGCUGCUGCCCCUCUGCCGAUCCUCGUGUACCUCCGGCAAUGCCGUUUCAUGGUGGGUGCAUUUGGCCCGCUCGCAUUCAUACUCUCUCCGGGAUGCUCUUGGCUUCCCUUGAUUCUACUCUUCACAAUUUUUUUACCAUAGGGCCCGACGCAUGA